UCGCUCGAAUUAAGCGAGGCAGAAGGAUAAAGACGCGCGUAUGAGGCGAGAUAAGGGCCUUUAUGUGAGGAUAAGGUUCGCGCCGCGAUAACGGUCAAUUCCGAGAGACGCGGCAACCGGCUCCGUCCUCGUUAGCAGACGACGCGCGCGAUCGCCGUCCCUUGUUUCUGCCUUCUCUCCUCGCUUGUCUCAAACGCGAGAGCGCUUCUAGACAGCCGCCGAUUUUUGUCAGGCGGUGAAGGCGGGCUAUUCCACAAAGGAAACAAAAGAGAUUAGUGAGCUAUCGAGUGGCGAGUGCCCUGUGCUAUCUCAGUGUAGUUCCUCCUCGCGCAAUUUUUUUUGCGGAGGAGGUGCGCGGACGUUUUGCGAACCUCGUUCCAGAAUCAGUCGGUCUUGCAUCUGUUCGUGAGUGCAAUUAUCUGUCUUUGCUGGGUGGACGUUCUUUUUUUAAGAAAACAGAGACUUUCAUCUGUUUGUUUGCGUCGUCUGCUAUGACCUGCUCGACCUAUUAGUGGUCCAGACUUUCGGGUGACCUUUGACCGGCCUCCUACUUCCGAGGAAGCGAGUGGUUUCUGACGCAACGCCGGCCCCCCGCAUCGGGGAUCUCGUCAAGACGUCGCCCUCUGGCCAGUUCCAGAACCCCAGGACUCAUGGCUGUGGACUUUGCGGCAGGAUGCUUAGGAGGGUGUGCUGGUGUUAUAGUUGGACAUCCUUUCGACACCAUAAAGGUCCGCUUACAGACCCAAGAUGGUUUAUCUCAUAGGUACAAAGGGGCCAUCGAUUGCUUCAGGAGCUUACUGAGAACAGAGAAGGUGUCGGGCCUCUACCGAGGAAUGUCGUCGCCGAUGGCUGGCGUGGCACUGGUGAACGCCGUGGUGUUCGGUGUCUACGGCUACUCGCAGAAGCGCCUCGGUGACGACAUCUGGGCACACGGUGCCUCCGGUGCACUGGCCGGGGCCGUGCAGAGCAUCAUCAGCAGUCCAAUAGAGCUGGCCAAGACUAGGUUACAAAUCCAAGGCGAGAGUGGCGGUCGCGCACUCUACAAGGGCCCCGUGGAUUGCCUGCGGCAGUUGCUCAGGGUGGAGGGCUUCCGCGGCGCCUUCCGAGGCCUCGGCUCGACCAUUCUCCGAGACGCGCCGGGCUUCGGCGUAUACUUCGCCAGCUACGAACAGAUGGUGCGCGCUGGCGCCAGUGGUCCCGCCAGUUUGAUGGCCGCCGGCGGGCUCGCCGGCGUCUUCUCCUGGAUGGCCUGCUACCCGAUGGACGUGCUCAAGUCCAGGCUCCAGGUAGACGGCAUGAGAGGACCACGAAGGUACAAAGGUCUCUUGGACUGCGCCGUUCAAAGCUACCGCCAGGAAGGUCUGGCCGUCUUUACCCGCGGCCUCAACUCCACCCUCCUGCGGGCCUUCCCCACCAACGCCGCCAUAUUCACCGUGGUGACGUGGGUGAUCCGGUUGUGCGACCCCGAGGCUAGGCCGGCCAAGGAGCCCGUCACGCAUCUGGCCAUGACGCAGCACCAUCAUCACUUUCACCCUCAGCACCACCACGUCGUUCACCUUGACCCUGAGCUUUACGUUAGCAGAGUCCUGGCCAUGGCGUGGGACGAUAUACAUUUUCAUUUUUAAGUUUUUGCGCACGAUUCAACCUGUGAUGUCUUUUUUCGCGCUCAGAGUGCUAGGCCGGAAUAAUGUAGCGAUUUUAUUCUCAUGGCUAUUCCUUUUCUCGCUUCGUCAGUUGUCCGUGUGACGCUAUGCCAGCGUUAUCUCUAUAAUCGGACGGUUGUGAACGGGGUGUGAAAUGAAAAUAAAAUCGAACGAGACGAAUCCCUACAUUAAACCAGCCCUAUAUAAUAUUUUACCACGUGAUGGAAGCCUGCUUUAUACAUUCCAAUUGUAUGUCACUUCAUGUGGGCGUGCUAUGCCUAGCAUGCUUUUUUAACAGAUCUCUAGCGUUCUAGAGGUGCUAUAAAGUAAAACAAGUUUUUAGAGUUUAGAGCGACGGGCCUACUUCGCUGUACUAUUUCGCAAUUACAAGCUCAACAGAUUUCUUAAGGCUGUAUUUGAAAAAGCCUGCCUACAAGUCGAAAUUGUCCAAUACAUAAAGACAAAAAUGAAAGACAACGUUCGCUUUUUGGAACGAGCCCGAAUAGAUUAAGAGGUUGCCUAUGCAGUAACUGCGAAUAUUUCCAUUCGAAACUGCUGAUAUUACGUUUACAUCGUACGUGCAGCCCUGACUAACGUUGCAUCAACGUUCACGUAAGUUAUUCGUGAUGCCAGACAGAUUCCAGGACCGCGAAAACGAAAUGGCGGCUUCGCAUGCUGAAAACUCUUAUAUCAGGCGGUGAGCCGAAUGGCAAUACAAUUACUGAAUCAAAUUAUUGAAAUUGGUCUAUUGUUUAUCUCUGAGCUUAUCAGAGUAGCAGUUGCUAUAGUGAAAAGAGUUGUAAAACUAUGAAGGGUGAGCGGCAAGGAGGGUAUGUGGAAGUGUUGCCCAUGACUCUCUAUUCCUUGCUGUGUCAUGUUCCACCGCGCCAGGGAAUGUACUUAAAAUCAAACAAACCGUAGAACACUGUUUCAACGUGACAUAUAAAGUGGCGAUGAAGUCAAAGUUGGAGCUGAUGAAUGGCGACAAUGAAAUGCACGUGCAAGAACUUUUGGUGCAAUCCCUGCACGUACUACUGCCUAUGUGCACCAAGACAGCUAAAAAACCGAACAUGCGUCUAAACACAUUUUUCGUUUGCCGUUGCUUAUAAAGGCUAGAUCGACUGAGAGCUACCAUUGAUACGAGAGUGUUUCAAAACAUGUUAUAAGCAUAGGUGCAUUGUUUGUCGACAACGCAAAACACAGCGUCAUAUACAAAUAUUUUCGCGUUGUCUUGAAUGUCUUGUGUGCCCAAUAAAGUAAAUGUAUGUGUGU